AUGAAGUUCCAAGUCCUUGUUUCGUUCCUCUCUCUGAUCAUCAGCCUUGCCAAUGCUCAGGCAGCCACUCCUACGGAGCACUACAUCAAUUGUGUCCAGCAAAUGAUGCCUGGCCUCUUUGCGACGUACCACUGUGGUCAAGCCACAGCUCUCGGAGUUAGCGCCAAGGGUAACACUGCAACCAAUCCGGAUGCGUGUGUACUUGCAUGUGAGCAGACUAGUGGUUGCGUUGGAAGCAUGUGGAGCGCUCGCCCUGGCCCUGCAUGCUACCUUGUCGAACAUCAAGGCGAACCCGAGCUGCGUGUUAAGACACGAGUGGCGUACAUGACCUACCGCCGGGAGGAAAUUGUGGAUGAUCCCUUCCCUGAAGAGGAGUGCGAGGACCGACUGGAGGACGUGCAAACCUAA